AUGACGCUUUCUUUCUUUUCUUUCUUUCUUUUUUCUUUCUUCCUUUCAUUCUGUUUAUCUUUUCUUUCUUUCAUUUCUUUUCUUUCUUUUUUUCAUUUCUUUUCUUUCUUUCUUUCUUUUACAUUUCACUUUUCGAUCCUUUCUAUCCAUUUCUAUUGUUUUUCUAUCAUUUUUCUAUCCUUUUCUUUCCUUUUCUCUCCUUACUUAUCCUUUCAAUUGUUUUCUAUUCUUUUCUAUCCUUUUUCUAUCCUUUUCAUCCUUUCUAUCAAUUUUCAUUGUUUUUCUAUCAUUUCACUAUCCUUUCCAUCCUUUUCUAUCCUUCUUAUCCUUUCCAUCCUUUUCUAUCUUUUUCUGUAUUUUUCUAUCCUUUUCUCCCUUUUCUAUCCUUUCUCAAGUCAGUCUUGUGACUCAAGAAUUUCGCUUUUUCUUCUUUUCUUUCUUUCUUUCUUCCGUUCAUUCUUCCAUUCUUUCUUUCUUCCAUUCAUUCUUCCAUUCUUUCUUUCUUUCUUUCUUUCUUUCUUCCUUUCUUUCUUUCUUUCUUUCUUUCUGUGCGCAAAAUUGUCUUUUAAUUCAAUUUUCUCGAUCCACAGAGAGAAUCGGUGGGCCACGUGCACUCGCUCUCGCUUGUUCAAACGAACGCUGAGAGUGGGUCGACGUGGCCAGUGA